ACAUUUUUAAAUUUUUCUCGCAAUGUAGACUGGUAGUAAAAAAUUUGGUCAAACAGAUUACAAAUAGAACUCGUAAAAAUUGAAAAUUUUCAUUUCUUUAUGUGUAUCCCAGUUACAUAUAUGUAUAUGUUUUUUAAUACAAUUUUUGGACUAAAAAAGUAUGAACGAUUCUGCAGAAAGUUUUUAAAUGGAUCUUACAAUUAGUAAAUAUUCUGUGGCAUGCAUAACCCGUACCGAUUAACGUAUUUUUCGCGAUUCCUAUAUAAAAAGUGCGAAGGUUAACAGCGACUUUUCCCCGACCGAUGUAAGUUCGGCUCGUUAUCCGGGUAUAUAAGGAGCACGACAGAACACGCGUACUUUCAGUCCGCUGGAAUUUGUAAGCGCGAGAGAGCUUUGAGGUGCAUUCAAUGAGACAGUAAAUUUAGUACAUAAAGUAGCACGUGCAACUUCUAUGAAUUAGAGUGACUUCACGGAGGGAAAAAAUUGCAAAUACGCGUGUUCGGACUUCGGCGAAACCCGUUUCUCUCCCAGUGAAAGUAUCCACCUUUGUACACACACCGCUCUCCAUCCACGAUCGUUUAUUGUUGCGGUUCCACGUUUUUUAUCUAUGCUGGCUGGCUUGAUUCAGAAUGGCUACUGAAGCUGAUCGCUGGAAGAAAAAAACCUACGUUGAUCGGCUACACAAAUUAGCGUUGAGACGCGUGCCGAUCUUAGCGUGGUUGCCGAAGUACAAUUCGGAAAAAUUCCUUAGCGACAUUAUAGCCGGCAUAACAGUCGGUCUUACUGUUAUGCCACAAGGACUCGCGUAUGCGACAUUGGCUGGUCUGGAACCCCAGUACGGUCUUUACUCGGCAUUUAUGGGCGCAAUAGUUUACGUGAUAUUUGGCUCUUGUAAAGAUAUUACAAUAGGCCCUACCGCACUUAUGGCAUUAAUGACUCACGACUAUGUGCAAGGAAGAAGUGCUGAUUACGCCGUACUUCUCGCAUUCUUAUCUGGUUGCCUGCAAUUACUAAUGGCAUGCUUACGUUUAGGUGUACUUGUAGACUUUAUCUCGAUACCAGUCACCGUGGGCUUCACUUCAGCAACGUCCGUCAUAAUCGUUGCUUCGCAAUUGAAAGGAUUGUUAGGUUUAAAAAUUUCGUCUCAAGGAUUCAUGGAUACUUUAAUUAAAGUCUUUCGAAAUAUCGGUGACACGAGUCCAUGGGAUACUGGGAUGAGUAUCUCUUGUAUCGCAAUUCUCUUGUUGUUUAGGAAAAUGAAGGACGUUAAAUUGCAUGCCGUUGAUAAGAACUCAGUGAAUCAUCGACGUAUAAUCGCGAAAGCGAUAUGGCUGGUCUCCACAGCGCGAAAUGCCAUUGUCGUUAUCACUUGUUCCGCUAUUGCUUACAAAUACGAUUCGUCCGAAUCUGGAUCUCUAUUUAUUCUAACGGGUCCAGUAAGAUCUGGUCUUCCACCAUUCGGCCUGCCACCUUUUUCCACACAAAUAAAUAACCAUACUCUUACCUUCACGCAAAUGUGUUCCGAAUUGGGUACUUCCAUAGUAUUGGUGCCAAUAAUAGCUGUGCUCGGCAACGUGGCCAUAGCUAAGGCUUUCAUGAGUGAGGGGAAGGUUGACGCUUCUCAAGAACUCCUGACGCUCGGAAUCUGUAAUGUUCUUGGAUCCUGCGCGAGUUCUAUGCCAGUUACAGGAUCGUUCAGUAGAUCAGCAGUAAAUCACGCCAGUGGCGUGAAGACUCCAAUGGGUGGAUUAUACACUGGAAUUCUGAUUUUACUGGCCCUCAGUCUGCUCACGCCAUACUUCUACUUCAUUCCAAAAGCUUCAUUAUCGGCCGUAAUCAUUUGCGCAGUAAUAUACAUGAUCGAAUACGAAGUUGUGAAACUGAUGUGGAAAUCGAGCAAAAAGGAUCUCGUACCGAUGUUUGUUACUUUUAUGUUUUGCCUCAUCAUUGGUGUAGAAUACGGUAUUUUGUCGGGGGUCGCCAUAAAUUUGAUGUUCCUAUUAUAUCCUUCUGCAAGACCUACGGUUCAUGUUGACAAAUACACAACUGAUUGUGGCGCAGAGUACUUACUAGUUACUCCAGGAAACAGCUUAUAUUUCCCAGCUGUCGACUUUAUAAAGCAGUCGGUUGGUAAUGCUGGUAUAAAGCAAGGAUCUAGUCAAAUACCGGUUGUUGUUGAUUGUAGAUACAUUUUGGGGGCAGAUUUUACGGCUGCUAAGGGUAUGAAAACAUUGAUUAAUGAAUUUAGUAGUCGCAAACAGGGGUUAUAUUUCUACAAUCCAAGAUCGGAUGUGGUUACCGUUUUAAAAGGUGCCUGUGGCGACGAAUUCCAGUAUGUUUCGACUCAGGAAGAGCUCUCUUAUCUGUUAUCGACAGUUCAAGACAAAUCUUCGCAACAGCUUCUUGAGCAAACACAUGACAAAUUACAUGCAUCUUUAACAUUAAAUAAUUCGGAGAUGAUUCACAGAAAUGCGCGUGGUUCCUGCCAUGAACUUAGUGAAGUUACGAGUACACUUUUACACGCAACUGCAAGUUGAAAUUGAAUCUCAUUUUUAUAUCAAUAAAAAAAACAAGUUUUAUUAAACAGAA